AUGGACAGCGUUGAGGUCGACCAGGACUUCGGCCUGCAGAAGCUUCUACCGUCUGUGAGACUAACGAAGUUGCCAUCAUCUCUGCUUAAAUUACCUCCUUCACCAGAGCCGCAGACGCUACCACCUCCGCCCAACGAUCCUAACUUCGCACACCCUUUCUCGAUUCCGACCGACUGGUACAAUGCCUUGCUCAGCCCGUACGUCCCGAUCACCAUCGCCAUUGUCUACGCGACCACCGUCACAUAUCUAAACUCAGUCAAUGCUCGCCGGAAGUGGAAGCCAUGGGCAAUCAGUCGAACUUCAGCAUUCAGAUUAUUCGUUAUACUGCACAAUGUUAUCCUCGCAGUCUACUCCGCAUGGACGUUCCUUGGCAUGCUCAAUGCAUUGAGAUUGAGUAUCCCGAAUUGGCAAAAUGAGCACGGAGCUUCAGGCGUGGUCGAUGCGCUCUGCAAGAUUCAAGGGCCACGUGGGAUGGGCAGUGCGGCAACAUAUAAUGAGGAAACUAGCGCUUGGACGAUGACCAACCGAGCUUUUCAUCUCGCAGCUGAUGGUCUUGGCCCUGAGAGGACCGACGUCGGUCGCAUAUGGAACGAAGGGCUUGCAUUCUACGGCUGGCUCUUUUAUUUGUCCAAAUUUUACGAGGUCAUUGACACAGCAAUCAUCCUGGCUAAAGGCAAGAAGAGCAGCUUCCUCCAGACCUAUCAUCAUGCAGGUGCAAUGCUCUGUAUGUGGGCUGGCAUACGCUACAUGUCGCCUCCGAUCUGGAUGUUCGUUUUCGUGAACUCUUUCAUUCACGCUCUUAUGUAUACCUUCUACCUAUGCUCAGCGCUCAAGAUCAGUGUUCCGAAACGACUCAAGCGGCUGCUCACCAGCAUGCAAAUCACCCAGUUCGUGGUUGGUGCAAACUACGCAUUUCUCCACCUCUUCGUCAAAUACCAGAUUCCCGUCAGCGUUCCGUACCUAUACCAUGUGGCUCCGAAGAUCGCCUCAAUGGUUGCCUCGGACGCAUCAAGUGUAGCUGCGGCGGCGGUCGCAUCAGCCACUGCAGAUCCCAGGGCUUUCUGGAAGAAGUUCGCUCUUCGCGCAGCAGGAUAUGAAGGUCUGGCGGAGAACGUCGGUGUUCGUCCGUAUGGCGCUGCGGUCGAGAACGGCACCCCCGUGGUCCCUCAGCAGUAUCUCCAGCAAGCCGAGCAUCGUUACAGAGAUGAGCUGCAGUGGGUUCACUGUCUCGACACUAGCGGCCAGGUUUUCGCUAUCCUUCUGAACUGUCUCUAUCUUGCCCCACUCACAUGGUUAUUUGCUCGCUUCUUUGUCAAAGCAUACCUCACACAGAUGGAACGAAGAAGAAGCAGCGCCGCCAGCGACAAGGUCAACAUCGGCAAAUCGCUCGAGGAUGCCACUAAGGGUGCGACUCGGCGCGUGAGUCAAGCACUGAUGGAAAUGCACAACACAGGUGAUUCGAGCGAGAACGAGAGCCCGGUUGUUGAGUCAGAUGAGACUAUCAACACCUUAAAAUCCAAGGCGAGCGCGCUUGCGGAGGAUGCUGGCAAGACAGCGAAGGCUGCCCAACGAAAAGCUACUGACAUUGCUGCUAGCGUCAAGGAGGAUCUGGCUGCCGUCGCACAGAAAGUGGCGGAUGCCAAGAAGUCGGCCGAGAAGAAUGCGAAGCCUGUCACUGAGGAUAUCAGCAAGAAAGCCGAUGAGGCGAAGAAGUCGGUCGAGAAGAAUGCGAAGCCCGUCAUCGAGGAUAUCAGUAAGAAGGCUGGUGAGGCUAAGAAGUCGGUCGAGAAGAAUGCGAAGCCCGUCACCGAGGAUAUCAAUAAGAAGGCUGAUGAGGCUGCCGCGAAGCUAGAUGAGAAAGCAUCGAAGGCUCAAAAGCAGGGCCAGGCCAACGACGACGACGCAUCGAAAGUGACCGAUGAGAAAUCAUUCGCUGACGCAGUCAAGGAUGAAGACGAAUCUGGUACAAAGGAGGAAAAGAAGGAGGCUUCGAGUCCCCCAAACGACGAUGGCACCGGAGCCGGCGGGGACUCCGGGGGCCAGAACAAGGAAGCAGGGACCGAUAAAGAUGCUGCGGAAGAGGAGGUCAAGAAGGAAGAAGAAAAGAUUCUAGAUGAGAGCAAGCCCGUCCGAGAAGAUGAGGUCGGCAAGCAGGAGCAAUCCAGCAGCCUUCCUCGGCCCAAGAAGCUUCCCAAGAAGAAGGCCUAG